AUGAAACAGCGACCGUUGAUUCGGUUCGACCGUAAUAGCAGCAUGGCUAAGAAACUGGCGCAUGAAGUAUCAUACAUUGUCAAACAAGAACGAACACAGCUUUUUGAUUUCCGAAAACCAGACACUGCGCCGAUUCUGCUGAUUCUAGACCGUCGUAACGAUCCUAUUACUCCGUUACUAACGCCGUGGACGUAUCAAGCCAUGGUUCAUGAACUGGUAGGAAUCCAAAACAACAGAGUGGAUCUAUCCAAUGUGCCAGAUAUCAGUAAAGAUUUGAAAGAAAUCGUACUAUCGGCAGAUAAGGACCCGUUUUUUGCGAAAACGAUGUACCUGAAUUUCGGAGACCUUGGAGCCAGUAUCAAGGACUAUGUAUCACAGUACCAAGCAAAGACGAAAUCAAACUCGGUCAUUGAGAGUAUUGCCGAUAUGAAACGGUUUGUAGAAGAUUAUCCCGAGUUCAGACGAUUGUCGGGAAACGUUUCGAAACAUGUGACUCUUGUCAGCGAGUUAUCUCGACUGGUUUCGACAAAUGGCGAUUUGCUUGAAGUGUCUGAAUUAGAACAGUCGUUAGCUUGUAACGAUUCGCAUAAUUCCGAUAUGAAGAAUGUACAGCAGAUGUUGGUUCAAUCACAGGUUUCUGCGAAUUCGAAACUUCGACUUGUCGCUUUAUACGCUCUACGGUACCAGUACCAUUCCAACAACGCUACUGAAGCAUUAUUAGGGCUUCUGGGCACUCAGCAUCCGGAAAUAGCGUCGAAAAUUCAUGCCGUGCGCAUUCUUGUUAACUCGUAUGCUGGAGGAAAGCAGCGCCAGGAGAAUCUGUUUGCAUCGAGCUCGUUUUUUGCACGAGCCCAGUCGGGAUUCAAGGGGCUGAAGGGCGUGGAGAACGUGUAUACUCAGCACGAGCCACUGCUGAAAACGACGCUGACAAAUCUUAUUAAGGGUAAGCUGAAGAAAACCACUCACCCUUACUACGAUCCUGGCGACGGGUCUCUGCCGUCAUGGGCUGUUCAUGGCAUGGGUAGUGGUCCUGGCAGCAAUUCUGACGAUGGCGAGAAGCCCCAGGAUAUCAUUAUUUUCAUGGUUGGCGGUACCACCUACGAAGAAGCCCGUGUUGUGGCUGAAAUGAACGCCGUGGCUCGAGGUGUUCGAAUCCUCAUUGGCGGCACUACAAUCCACAACUCCCAGUCGUUUCUCAACGACAUUGAAGAUGCCGGGUCUCGCUGGCCACCACCACCUCCUGCCACUGCUUCCGAACGUCUCGCUUCACGGGUUCAUUAG